AUGUCUGAACAGAAUCAAAACUUCAACCAACCACAACAAGGUCAAGGUCAAGGUCAAGGUCAAGGUCAAGGUCAAGGCCAAGGUCAAGGUCAAUAUCAAAACUACUACCAAAACUAUUAUCAACAACAGCAAGGUGGUUACCAACAACAAAACCAAGGUGGUUAUCAACAGCAAAACUAUGGUGGUUACCAACAAGGUGGUUAUCAACAAGGUGGUUAUCAACAAGGCGGCUACCAACAAGGUGGUAAGCCUCAAGGUAAUUAUCAACAACAAUCCUAUGGUAACUAUCAACAAGGUGGUUACCAACAACAAAACUAUGGUGGUUACCAACAAAACCAAGGUCGCGGCGGUUAUAAGAACUAUAACAACCGUAAUAACUACCAAAACAAUAAUGGUCAACAGCAAUCAUCUCAAGGUAUGACUUUAGAAGACUUCCAAAAGCAACAAGAACAACAACAAACUGCUAAGCCAAAGAAAACUUUGAAGUUGGUUUCUAGUUCUGGUAUCAAAUUGGCUAAUGCAAGCAAAAAAGCUGAGCCAACUCCUGAAAAAACAGAUGCUAAGGAAACUACUGAUGCCAAGAAAGAAGCAUCAGAUUUGCCAAAGAUUGAAAAACUUGAAAUUUCUCAAAAAUCUGCAACCACUGAAGCUGAAACUCCAAAGGAAACUCCAAAAGAGGCACCUGCCGCCACUGAAAACACAUCAAAUGCUGAAUCAUUGAUAAAGCAACAAGAAGAUGAAAUUGAUCAAGAAGUCGUUAACGAUAUGUUCGGUGGUAAAGAUCAUAUGUCUAUUAUUUUCAUGGGUCAUGUCGAUGCUGGUAAAUCUACCAUGGGUGGUAACAUUUUAUAUUUGACAGGUUCUGUUGAUAAGAGAACCGUUGAAAAGUACGAAAGAGAAGCUAAAGAUGCUGGUAGACAGGGUUGGUAUUUGUCUUGGGUUAUGGAUACUAACAAAGAAGAAAGAAAUGACGGUAAAACUAUUGAAGUUGGUAGAGCUUACUUCGAAACUGAAAAGAGACGUUACACAAUAUUGGAUGCUCCUGGUCACAAAAUGUAUGUUUCUGAAAUGAUUGGUGGUGCUUCUCAAGCUGAUGUUGGUAUUUUAGUUAUCUCCGCAAGAAAGGGUGAAUAUGAAACAGGUUUUGAAAAGGGUGGUCAAACUCGUGAACAUGCCUUAUUGGCUAAGACUCAAGGUGUUAACAAAAUGAUUGUUGUUAUCAACAAGAUGGAUGAUCCAACUGUCAACUGGUCUGAAGAACGUUAUAACCAAUGUGUUGCUAACUUAAACAAUUUCUUAAAAGCUGUUGGUUAUAACAUUAAAGAAGAUGUUAUUUUCAUGCCAGUUUCUGGUUACAGUGGUGCUGGUUUGAAGAACCGUGUUGAUCCAAAGGAUUGUCCAUGGUACACUGGACCAGCCUUGUUAGAAUACUUGGAUGCUAUGAACCACAUGGAUCGUCACAUCAAUGCUCCAUUUAUGUUGCCAAUUUCAUCUAAAAUGAAAGAUAUGGGUACUGUUGUUGAAGGUAAAAUUGAAUCUGGUCAUAUCAAGAAGGGUAACUCCACCUUGUUAAUGCCAAACAGAAUCCCAGUCGAAAUUCAAAAUAUUUAUAACGAAACUGAAAAUGAAGUUGAUAUGGCUAUUUGUGGUGAACAAGUUAAAUUGAGAAUCAAGGGUGUUGAAGAAGAAGAAAUUUCUGCUGGUUUUGUUUUAACUUCUCCAAAAAACCCAGUAAAGAGUGUAACAAAAUUUGUUGCUGAAAUUGCCAUGGUUGAAUUGAAGUCUAUUAUGUCAGCAGGUUUCUCUUGUGUCAUGCAUAUUCACACAGCUAUUGAAGAAGUUACUAUCACAAGAUUAUUGCAUAAGCUUGAAAAAGGUACCAACCGUAGAUCUAAGAAGCCUCCUGCUUUUGCUAAGAAGGGUAUGAAGAUCAUUGCAUUAUUGGAAACCAAUGAACCAGUCUGUGUUGAAACAUACCAAGACUACCCACAAUUAGGUAGAUUCACUUUAAGAGAUCAAGGUACUACUAUUGCCAUUGGUAAGAUUGUCAAAAUUGUAGAAUAG